UUUGUUGCUUAUGUAGGUAAAAGGUAAUGUCAAUUGUCGAAGCUGUCAAACAAUCGGUAUUAUUCUUUAUUUAUUUAAUUUGUUAUUUCUCAUAAAAGUACCAAAAAUACUAUUCCUUAUGUGUGGUAUGCUUUUAUAAUCAUUGUAAACUUUGAGACAUAUAAAUAUAAAGUAUUCUAAUUGCUCUAAUAUAAGCAAAAACAGACUGAAAUUAUUUUGAUGCUCAGAACGCACAUGAACAGCCGGGAAGAGAUAAUUUUAGUACAAAAUUAUACAGUAUAUUUAAGUUAAAUAUUUAAUCAAAUAUACCAAUAUAAAAAAAAAAGAAAUUAUGGCAGAAAUAUUGACGGAUACUGAAAAUUCUGAAAGUACAGAACGUCCGACAAGACCUUCUUUAGCACAAGUGAAGGUUGUAAUAGAUUUUAUGCAAAAGUACCCUGAUCUGGCACACAGAAAGCUAAGAUAUGGAAUGAGUCACGAAAAAUUUAAAAAACUGUGGAUAGAGCUCUCUAACACUGCCAACUCAAUGAAGGGAGCUAUGAAAUCCACUAAAGGCUGGAUAAAGUUUUGGUCAGAUAAAAGAAGAAGUGUUAUGUUAAAACAUAAACAUUACAAUGAAGGAAAAUCCCAAGAUAAACUCACACCUUUAGAGCGGAAGAUAUUAAACAUAUGUUUUACAGGGAAGACAGCCAAUAGACAUAAAGCAGUAAAAAAAGAGCCAUGCAAUGGAGAUAAUGAUUCUGGGGACGAUAUAUUUAGUAAAGAUGAAAGUGAUAUAGAAAUUCAGGAUACAAGUCGGCUACUGUCAACUGAAACUGAUGAACGCCAUAUGAAUAUUAUGGAAAAAAUGGUGGAAGUUAUGGAUCAGCAGGCUUCAGCCUUGACGCAAAUAGCAAAAGCUACUGUCAACAACUCAAAAGCAAUGGAAAGAAUAGCAGAAGCAUCACAUAAACAGGCCAUAGCUGUCGACAAAUUGGCCGGUACAUUUGAAACAAUUAAUGCUUCAGCAUACGAUCUAAGAAAUGCCAUUAUGAGUAUCGAUUAUACAAUGAAAAGAUGUUUUUCUACAGCCGUGACUCAACACCGACAUAGUACGAAUCUCUUUAGCUAAUGACAAUCAUUAGUCUACAAUAAUUUAAAAAAAAAAUCAUGUUAUAGUAAAUAUUUCAAUCGACAAUAUUAAUCAGUAUUAAAGUUUCAGUAAUAAAAUUAAUAUUAAUAAGAGAAUGUCUUUGUGAAUAUUUGUAAUGACUAUAAUCAGUAUUAAUGUCAAUUUGUCAAGUCUUUAGUGAUUAGUUGAUAACUAAUUAAAGUGUUUAAAUAAAAUUUACUAAAGUAAUCGAUUUUCAUUAAUGUACUUCUAUAACGUAAUUAAUUAAUGAUGUACAAAUAAAGUUUAUUUCGAAUAAAUA